GCGUUUGCAGCUGGCUCACAUUACCCUCCUCAGCAUGGAGGAGGGUAUCCUCCACAAGGGUACCCGUCACAGGGGUACCCUCAGUACCCUCCUCCACAUGGGUAUCCACAGCCACCACACGGCGGAUACCCUCCCCAUGGAGGAUACCCUCCUGCGGGCUAUCCUCCCCCCGGCGGAUACCCUCCUCCUGCUCGUGGUGGUUAUCCUUCCCACGGAGGACAUGGCGGGCAUGGGGGCGGUAUGGGGGCAAUGUUGGCGGGAGGUGCGGCGGCUGCAGCUGCUGCAUACGGGGCUCAUCACAUUGCUCAUAGUUCUCAUGGAUAUGGAGGGUACGGUCAUGGAUAUGGAGGAGGGUAUGGCCAUCAUGGCAAGUUCAAGCACGGGAAGUUUGGCAAGCAUGGGAUGUUUGGAAAGCACAAGGGUGGGAAACACUUCAAGAGGUGGAAGUGAAAACAUUUCAUAUGCUUGUCCUCUGGAAAGAAUUCAAACGAUUACAUUUCACCCCUUUCUAGUAGUGACCAGUGUGGCUUACAUCUUGCUGCCUUAAGUUUCAUGGUCUGUAACUUUCUUAUUGUGUCUGCGUGGGGUUUGUGGUUAUGAUUUUAGCCAGCCGUGUGUAUCAAGAUCCUGAAUGAUGGGUUCAUAUCAGGCUUUUUUUUAUGUCUAGGGACUUGUUGGUCUCUGGCUUAAAAAACCUGAUAGUCUAAGUUUUGUGGCAAUCCUUUUAGUUCAAACUAAAAUUUGAUCACAAGUAGGAAGUGUUUAUGAAGAUACGUCCUAUUGCUACAAUGCAAUCACCGAUUGGACAUGUAUAUGAAGAGAUGUAUGUACAGGUUUGUGCCGACAUCAUUCAGCAGCCUGCAAAUAGGUGUGAGUUGUGAUGCAGUUUUGCACCUUGAAAACAUGUAUUUCACGUCCUGGCUAGGCUAGGUCUCCUUAAAGCCUUUUUCUACAUCAGCAAUUCUGUGAUCAUUCGUGAACUUGAAGUAAAAUAUAAUCAUCCCUCUAGAAUGAAUUGGUGGGCAAUACUUAAU